AUGAUUUGGUUUUUAUUGAUUAUAAAAUUAUAUGUUUUUUCAACUAUUGAACAUAAUGUUUUAGAUGAAACAUUGAAUAUAGAUUUCGAAUCUGAACAAGAUAAUUUCCUUCAAACAUGUUUCCCUGAUAUAUCAGAAGAAUUAUGUAAAUUAAUUGAUCGUGAAGAAUUAAGAAGACAUGAUGAUAAAAGUGAGUCACUUAUAACAACAAAUUCAGAAGUUAAUCACAAUCCAGUAGAAUUAAACAACCACGAUAAUACAAUUAUUUUACAUGAAUUAAAUGAUUCUGAUAUAAUAUUUGAAGAACAAAAAAUAUCAGAAUCAUCUUUAGUAACUAAUUUUGAUAAACAAGAAUACUUUUUUACAGAGAAUGAAUUGAAUAAAAUUUAUGAUUUACAAAUGCCAAGUAGAUCAGAUGAAAUAAUUAAAGAAAACCCAAAGAGUUGUUCAGAAACAACUCAUGAUGAAAAACCAAUUAAUGAUAAUGACAGUAAAAAGAAUUAUAAUAAGAUAAAUCAAAUUAGUAAUUCUUCUAAAAGAUAUCUUGAUGAAGAAUCAGUACCAAAACGAAGAAAGAUUAAUGUUGAUUCUAGUUCAAAUCAAAGGUUAAAUGAUGUCAUUCAAUAUUCUUAUAUAUCAAAAGAAACAUUUAACUUUUUUGUCAAAAUAUCAUUAGCGCAUUGUGAUGAUAUUAAAUUAGAUAAAGAACUCAUUAUCCAGUAUAAUGAAGUUAUUAAUAUGAUUUUAAAAAGAAAAAUAUUUUCAUUUUCUCAUUAUGUAACUUUUAAUUAUUAUUAUAUGCCUUUAAAACAAAAAUUAUUUAAUUAUAAGAAACUAUCAAGAAUUGCUAAUUUAGAUUUAAUAACAACUCAAAAACAUUUAAACAAAUUUAAUUAUUUUGAAUGUUUUUUAAUGAGAUUAAUUCAUGUUUUAACUUGUAAAGAUUUUAAAGAUUAUAAAGAAGAAAAUUUUAUGAAAAUUAAUCUAUUUAUAAAUUUAUUAAAUCAUUAUAUUAAAUACAAUGUAUAUUUGAAUAAAUUGAAAGAAGUGCUUGAUUUGCUUAGAAGGAAUGAUGAUAAUUUAUUAGAAAAGAAAGAAGAUCUUAUUGGUGCUAUCGACCAAACUUUUAUUAUUUAUAUUAACAUUUUAUCAAAUAGAGAUAAAGAUAGGUUAUUUAAUAAUAUUUUUAUAAAUAUCAAACACUAUGAUUUGAAUAUUUUAAAUAAUAAGAUUGAUACUUUAAAAUUUUCUCUGUGUUUUAAAGAGAUUUUAAAUUCGAUUAGAACAGAACAGGAUAAAGACAAACUGGUAUUAUAUCUUUUAAAAUUAAGUAUAAUAUACUUAGAUUUUAUUAAUAAUUUAUGUCGAGGGGUUAUAGAAAUAAAAAAUGAUAGAUUUUUUUCUACCGAAAAAAAUAUGAUUUAUAUUGAUUUUUUAUAUUUAAUAAGUAGCUUUCCAUGGAAUUUUUAA